UUUAAAACCCUAACACCAAAGCCCUCUGCGGUGCACCUCCUUCCUUCUUCUCUUUCCCUUCCGCCGAUAACAGAGAAAGGAAGCAAAGGCUAUAACUCAUAUUGUUUGUGUUUAGGUGCCUAAAUUUCAACCAUGACUCUGUAUUUAUUAUAUGAGUCGGCUUCUGGUUACAGUCUCUUUCUCGCUAAUGGUCUUGAUGAAAUUGGGCAGAACACGGACGCUGUUCGCAGCUCCGUCGCAGAUCUCAAUCGUUUUGGUAAAGUGGUUCAGCUAACUGCUUUUCAUCCCUUUGAGUCAUCUUUAGACGCUCUGAAUCAGUGUAACUCAGUUUCUGAAGGGCUUAUGACGGACGAGUUGAGGAGCUUUUUAGAACUUAAUCUCCCAAAAGUGAAGGAAGGUAAGAAGCCAAAGUUUAGUUUAGGAGUUGCUGAGCCUAAGUUGGGUUCGCAUGUCUUUGAAGUGACAAAAAUACCUUGCCAAAGUAAUGAAUUUGUUCUUGAGCUUCUCCGCGGUGUACGACUACAUUUUGAAAGGUUCAUCAAGGAUCUAAAGCCUGGUGACUUGGAGAAAGCCCAACUUGGUCUGGGGCACAGUUACAGCAGGGCAAAAGUGAAGUUCAAUGUCAACCGAGUUGACAAUAUGGUUAUUCAAGCAAUUUUCCUCCUUGAUACUCUCGAUAAGGAUAUCAAUUCAUUCUCAAUGAGAGUCAGGGAAUGGUACUCUUGGCAUUUCCCUGAAUUGGUGAAGAUUGUUAAUGACAAUUAUCUCUAUGCAAAACUUGCCAAGUUCAUAGAGGACAAGGCAAAGUUGUCUGAAGACAAAAUCCCUGAAUUAACAGACAUACUUGGAGAUGAAGAUAAGGCAAAGGAGGUUGUAGAAGCUGCCAAAGCAUCAAUGGGACAGGAUUUAUCCCCUAUUGACUUGAUUAAUGUCCAGCAGUUUGCUCAGAGGGUAAUGGAUCUCUCUGAGUAUAGGAAAAAGCUCUAUGAAUAUCUGGUUACUAAAAUGAAUGACAUAGCGCCUAAUUUGGCCUCCUUGAUUGGUGAAGUUGUUGGGGCUCGUUUGAUUUCCCACGCUGGUAGUCUUACAAAUUUGGCUAAGUGCCCUUCUUCUACCCUUCAGAUCCUUGGUGCAGAGAAGGCAUUGUUCAGGGCUUUGAAAACCCGAGGAAACACACCAAAAUAUGGUUUGAUCUUUCAUUCUUCUUUUAUUGGUCGAGCAUCUGCUCGCAACAAGGGACGCAUGGCACGUUAUCUAGCAAACAAAUGCUCAAUUGCAUCUCGCAUUGAUUGUUUUGCAGAAAGGGGCACUACCAUUUUUGGAGAGAAACUAAGAGAACAAGUUGAGGAGCGCUUGGAUUUCUAUGACAAGGGGGUUGCACCCCGUAAAAACAUUGAUGUGAUGAAAGUUGCAAUUGAAAGUGUUCAGAAUAAAGAUGUCGACAUGGAAACAGAAGAGGCUGUACCUUCAGAAAAGAAAAGCAAGAAAAAGAAAUCAAAAUCUGAGGCUGCAAAAGUUGUUGAACCUAUGGCUGAUGAUAAACCAACAGUUGCUACAAAUGGAGAUGCUUCAGAGGAUGCUAAAUCAGAGAAGAAAAAGAAGAAGGAGAAGAGAAAAUUGGAGCAGAAGCAGGCCGUGGAGAAUUCAAAUGGUGUAAAUGGGGCUGAGGCUGAACAGGAUAGAGCUGCCAAGAAGAAGAAAAAGAGUAAGAGUAAAAAUGAAGAUGGAGAGGAUGUGCAGCCUGCUAGUGAUAUCAAAAAGAAAAAGAAGAAGAAAUCAAAAAGUGAGGAUGAUGAAUGAACGAAUGAAUUUUGAAAGAUGUAUCCCAGUUGCUGAACUAACGUUGUCAGCAGAAUUUUGAUUGUGGAAGUGGCCUUCUGUUCUCUGUUAUUACUAUGAAUCAUGAAAAGAUUAGGUGUCUUGAGAACUUCUGUGAAAUGUUCAACGGUUGUACUAGUUUAUUUUUUUGCUUUGAUUAUUGGAAGUAUCAUCACAAUGUUUAUAUC